AUCCAAGUCAGUGACUCUUUACUCCUGCCACCAUCCUCUCUCCUGCCCACUCUUCCAUAUAUAUAGCCUGAUGCAAGUUCGGCAGUGUUUACGGUUUUCAAUCUUCAACCCAGCAGCGGUGGUGUAGGAUCCCAUGAAGACCGGGUAAAUGAACCAGAUAGUGCAACCCGGUGCGUUUUGCUGUUCAAUCAUCACAUGUCCACUAGUGCCGCCCAGAAGUCACUGCUUGGAUCUAUAUUUGAAUUAUUCCGAGGAUAGCAUGCUGCAACAACUGGAUCCAUGGUCCGGGUGAGCCAACAACAGGACCAUCUAAUGCAUCGGGCAAGUAACUCGGCAUCUCUUUGAGACAAUAAAAGCCUUGAUAAUCCUAUUUAUUACAAUAAUCUUUGUUCGCACUUUUCUAUUGAUAAUCCUG